AUGAAUGCCUGGCUGCAGGCUGAAACAUCAAACCUCUGGAAGGCUGCCAGUCUGUCCAGGCAGGAAGAAGAUACGAUGGACAGCAGGACUGGCUUUGAGCGGGAUAGAGACCGUGCUGCUUCAGGGCAUGGCCAGGGGCUGAAAUUGGAGCCCUGUUUCCAGACUGACUCUCUCUUGCCUUCCCCCAGUGCAUCCCUGAUUCCACAGCUCCUCAGCCACACAAUGGUUGGCAGGAACCUGGAUCCCACUGUUCUCUUCCCUUCCUCUCAGGCAGUGGCCCUGCCUCAUGACUACAAACGUGGUGCAAGCCUUGGAGAAGAAGCACAAGCCCUGGCUUUCCCCAGGAGCCGCGCCCCAGCUCCCCUGCCCUGUGCUGGUGGUGGGGACCAGCUCUCCAACCAGCACCCACGGGAGCAGCUCUGUGACCAGCACCUACGAGCCAAGCGGGCCAGGGUGGAGAGUAUCAUCCAGGGCAUGAGCCUCCCACCAACCCCGCAGGCGUCUGACACGAGCCUGGGGGCAGCUUUUGGGCAUGAGAGGGAAAGGGGUGGGCAGAUGCCCCAGGAGAGCAAGAGGAAGCCAAGAGUGCCCCAGCAGGGCAUGGGGGCAGCUGGAAGAGUGGCUCCCACAGGGGGCAGCUCCCAUGCCAAGGGCUGCCAGCAGCUGAAAGAGCAGCUCUGCUUCUUAGAGCAGCAGCUGAGGUGGCUUCAGGAGAAGUUCUACCAAGUCUGUGACACUGAGGAUGCUGCCCAAACACAGGAAGAUUCAGAGAUAGUGCAGCCACUGCCUGGAAAGCCCCAAGACAGACUGAACAAGGACAGUGGCACUGCCACCAGCAACACACGGCGAGUGCCUCUCAGGAGGAGUGUCCUGGAGGAGUGUGGGCUGAAGGAGGCUGAGGACACAGGUGACACAGGUGGCCUGCCCUCGGCAGUGAGGGUACUCUCACAGGCACUGAAGCAUGAGCUGUCUGUGGUGACAUGCCACGUAGUGGACUCUGUCCUGAAGACUCUCUGGCCAAAGGCAGACAGCCACAUCCAGAAGCAGCACCACAGCCCUCCAAUGCUGGGGCCAGAUGCCAGGAGAGAGUAUUCUGCUGGUGGGAAAUGCAGAAAGCCACUUGCUAAGCCAUCUGCCAUGAAUGCACCAGGCUCCCUGGGCUCACCCGAGGCUGAGGCCCUGACAGGAUCUUUGGGGAAGAGCCUGGGCUCUUAUGCUGCCUCCUUCAGCUCAAAGGGGGUCAGAAAAUCCACUCGGCUACCCAGCAUGGGUUAUUCCCUGUGCUCAGCCAUGCCUGUCCAGAACAACCAGCUGCUGAGCCAGCUGUUGGGCCAUGGCCAGCACAGCCCCUGCGGCAGUGACUCUGGUGAGAGCCCAUCUGCUCUGGAGAGGGGUUGUCCAGAGCCCCUCAAGCUGCCCUGGGGAUCUGUUAAACUGAGGUCAUCGAUUGCGAGACAGCGGCAGCACCAUCCCCUGCCCCUGAGCCCUGCCAGCAUGGAGAGCCUGGCACUGCUGCCAGCUGGCAGGGAUGGCCACGGUGAGCUGCCAGCUGCAAAUGAUGGAGCACCCUUUGCCUUGACCCACAUACAGGAGGCGCUGACCCCCGGGCACCUGAAGAAGGCCAAGCUGAUGUUUUUCUUCACCCGCUACCCCAGCUCCACUCUGCUGAAGACCUACUUCCUUGAUGUGCAGUUCAGCCGCUGCAUCACCUCCCAGCUCAUCAAGUGGUUCAGCAACUUCCGUGAGUUUUACUACAUCCAGGUGGAGAAGUUUGCCCGGCAGGCCCUGCUGGAGGGUGUGGUGGAUGCUUGCACUCUCCAGGUCUCCCGGGACUCGGAGCUCUUCCGUGCCCUCAACAUGCACUACAACAAGGGGAAUGACUUCGAGGUGCCAGGGCGCUUCCUGGAGGUGGCCAGCCUGACACUGCAGGAGUUCUUCAGUGCCGUCAGGGCAGGCAAGGAUGCCGACCCCUCCUGGAAGAAACCCAUUUACAAAAUCAUUUCCAAACUGGACAGUGACAUCCCAGAGGGGUUCAAAGCUGCUGGCUGCUCCCAGGAACUGCUCCACAGCUGA